AUGCCGGAGCUAGGGUUUGAAGCUCAGAACCAGUUGAGUUCAGGCUUCGGAGCUCGUGAUGUUAGUCCUGAUUCCGUGAUCUUCACCGGGGAGUCCAACUUUAGUCUCUUCUCUUCUGCUUCUGGUAGCGUUGAUCGUUACUCUUUUGUUUCUGAUGUUCAUGAUCAGGACUCUGUCGUCUCCGAAAUUAAUCAGCAUUUGGCAGGACAUGAAUAUCGUGAGAAUUCGAGUGGUCCAAAUCGAGAUCCAAACAAAGCCCCAGUACUCAAGGAUAGUCACAUUAUCAGAAAAGAAAAAACAAAAGUUCGAAAACAAGGCAAUAAUUAUAAGGAGUCUGAACUAGAGGACGGAAAUCUAACCCUAGAUUCUGCAAGAAAUUCCUUCUCUCUAGCUCUCAAAGAAUGUCAAGACCGGAGGGUCAGAUCUGAAGCUCUAUUAAGGAAAGAAGACAGGCAAAGGAAUGUUUCUCCAGAUCUGAACAAUUCUAUAACCAAUGCAUCCAACUCCUCUCUGCGAGUUGGAGUUAUGAAGAAAAGCUCUGUUACCACUCGCCAACCAGUAACUUUUCCAAGCCCCGAGACACCAAAUUAUCAGCAUAGGAAUGGUGGGAUUCAGAAAGGUUGGAGUUCAGAACGUGUACCGCUGCAUACAAAUGCUAAUAGGAUGCAUGUGGGGUCUUCGUUGUUGCCUUUCAAUAAUGGAAGGACAUUACCUUCUAAAUGGGAAGAUGCUGAGAGGUGGAUUUUCAGUCCAGUUUUGGGAGAUGGUGCCUUGAGGCCUUCAUUACCACAGCCAAAGAGGAGGCCCAAGUCCAAAAGUGGGCCUCUUGGGAAUCCUGGGAUCGCUUACUAUUCGUCGUAUUCCCCAGUAGUGCCUAUGUUGGAAGGAGGGAAUGUUGGGAAUUUAGUAGGGGGUUCUCCAUUUUCGACUGGAGUUAUGGCAGCGGAUGGUUUGGCAAUCCGGUGUGGUGGAGCUGGAAAUUUUCCUGCAUGCACUAAGCCUUGCAUGGCAAGGUCAGUCAGUGUACAUGGAUGCUUUGAAAUGUUCAAUCAAUCAUCAUUGCCUGGAUCCCAAGUUGAGAAACUUGAUGAUAUUAAAGAGGCAGACAACAUUUCUCGUGCUGUUUCAAGAAGGGAUAUGGCAACCCAAAUGAGCCCAGAGGGUAGCCAUCAUUCGUCUUCCAGGAUGCAGUCUUCUUCCCCUCCUUCCACCCCUUCUAAACCUCCCAUUGUGAAGUUGCAGAGUGUCCAUUCCUCUAAACCAGAAGUCAGGGAUGUGCAGGUUGAUGAACAAGUAACUCUAACUAGGUGGUCCAAGAAAAAUAGAGCUCGAAUUCCAGGGAAAUGCUCGGAAAAUGUUGAUCAGUGGAAAAGGAAAGCAAUGGAUGUCCGAUCUAAUGGUUGGGAAGUUUCAGAGACAGCAAAGAGCAUUUCAAAGAUGAAGAGUGAGGAAGCCAGAAUUACUGCGUGGGAGAAUCUGCAGAAGGCAAAAGCUGAGGCGGCGAUACAAAAACUCGAGAUGAAACUGGAAAAGAAGAGAUCAUCAUCCAUGGAUAAGAUUAUGAACAAACUGAGGUCAACGCAGAGGCGAGCCCAAGAAAUGAGGAGCUCAUUGUUAGCCAACCAGUCGCAUCAAGUUGCCAAAACUUCCCAUAAGGUCAUAUUUCUCCGCAGGACACUCCAGAUAGGUGCCUUAAGAGGCUGCUUUACUUGUCACCCGUUUUAGUGCCUCAUCCCAGCUAUAAGUUACUCCAGUGUAAUCAGCUUCAAUUGCCAGGUGAUUCCUUGUGCAGUCGGUCUGUUCAAUACGUAGUCUUCGUUUCUUUCAGUUUAUUCGGAUUGCCAUGCCUCUAGCCCUAGAUGUUUAGUUGUGCAUCUAGGGCCUAGCAUUGUAGCUUUUUCAAUAAUAUUGUUGCAAUUAGCAGUCAGCCGACUGCCUGAUAUGCAAAAAUAAAGAGAAAACAAUAAGUAAUUCUAG